CUUGAGAUGAGUCCUUUAACGAGAGCACAAUGGCUUCUGGCUAAAGACAGCCCGCUGGAGAUCGUCGACAUUUCCUGUCAGCCAUGGCUUUGUCUUUCAGAUCAUGACCCAGUACGGGAAAUCAGGUUUAGAGAUAAAAGGGGCCGAGGUCUCCGGGGAUACUAAUGUGAAAUAACAUUACUCGAAUUCGCAUACUUCGCAAAUUUUGGAGCAUACACUACGUACAGCCCAUACACCAUCAUGGACGGUUUCAGGGGUCUCCCGCACGAGCUGCUGGCCAUAAUUGUCAGAAACACAGCGGACUGGAUCAGUCUCGAGAGUUCAAUUCUGGCCUCGCCGCCGGUGACCGCUCCCUUCGAGCCUGGGGAGUCCCCUGAUGCACCCGCCGAAUCGGAUGCGAUCUACCUUGUUAAGGAGGUCCUACAGGCCAAUCCGGUUAUGAACUCCGGACUGGACCAUUACUUCUACAUGUGCGCGGCGCUCCGGCGGCGCUCCGUCAAUGACAGGAGUCUGGCCGACUUUCUAGCCCGUGACUUCUCGCUCGAAACCACAAGGACGACAAUGACCCGUGCCUCGCUGCGGGAGAUGGUCGGUGUAGCGGCCAACAUCCAGCGCCUGGCCUGCAUCUGCCUGACCAGUUUUCUGACGCGGCUGCGAGCCAUCUUACCGGAGUACCUUAACAAGGUCGGGCUCUACGCUUGGUUCCCGGAUUCCAACGCAAAAGCAUCAGUUACUAUGCCAAAUUAUACAACCCGCCUCUCGUCUCGAAGACGCCAGUGGCGUCCCGCGAUACUGCCGUGGGGCGCCUCCGGAGCCGCCCAAGCACCUCUCCGGUAAUGUACAAUGGUGGUGGGGCCAGGACCUUUGAGCGACCCGGGUCAAUGAUGCGCAAGCAGAUAUGCGGAGGAUCGAAUACCGU